CGAAGGGAGAAAGGAGCAAAGGAAAAUAGUCAUAAAUAAUGGCGGAUUACCAUUUCGUUUACAAAGAUGUAGAAGGAGCUUCCACUCAAUGGGACGAUAUUCAAAGAAAACUUGGCAAUUUACCUCCAAAGCCACCUGCUUUCAAGCCUCCUCCUUUUGAACCCGCACCGGACCCGGGUUCUGCCCCCAAGGACAAGUCUUGGAUCGAUCAAAAGACUGAAGAAGAACUUGAAGAUCUCGAUGAUGAUCUCGAUGAUGAUCGAUUCCUUGAAUGCUACAUUAACAACUGUUGUUCCUUUCUUAGAUUUCCAGAGUGCGGGGUGCUUCUGCGGUGUUUGGAAGAAUUGGCUGUUAAAUACCCAGCCACGAAGUUUGUGAAGAUAAUAUCUACUGAGUGCAUCCCUAACUACCCAGAUCGUAAUCUUCCGACUCUCUUGGUUUAUAACAGUGGAGCAGUAAAAGCAAAUUACAUCGGCUUGUAUAGUUUUGGCCGGAGAUGCACGCCUGAAGGUGUGGCCUUAGUUCUCUGUCAAUCAGAACCUGUACUAAAUAAUGGUCAAAGUGUGGGUGACCAGUCUCAGAAAGCUGUUCUCGAAGGAGUUCGAAGGCGGUUUAUCGAAAAAGUUGUUACCGAGCAUGAGGAUCAGGACGAUAGAGGAUCAUCAAAUGAUUAGAUGUUCAGUACAUUCAAAAUUUUCAUUUCUACGG